UUGGCCUUGUAUUCCUUAUAUAGAGGCAAUUCACGCACCCUUGGUAACUACGUAAACAGCGUAAAAUCCGUAAACUUACGAACGUUUACAAACAGCUUCCCGUGAAUUCACUUUUGUAAUUAUUUUCGUAAAAAUUUAUCUGAUAAUCGAAACAAAAUGCCGAUCAUUUCCAGAAAACGGAAAUUAAUGGAAGAAAUUUGUGAAGCUGCAUUUAUUGAUAUAAUAAAUAGUCCUACACAGGCAGAUAUCAUUUUCGAUAACGCGAUAGAUGAUGUUCUGACCAUUUCUACGUACCGUCUUUCUGUUCCACGAUUAUUUGUCCCGAAGUCAGAUGAUUGGUUCCGAAGAAUCUUGCCAAACUACUCCGACGACUAUUUCAAAAAAUUUAUGCGAGUCUCUCGAAAGGAUUUCACUCUCAUUCUGCGGAUGAUAGAAAACAGCAACGUCUUUAAGUCCAACAGUCGUCAACAACUAAAAGUCGACCAGCAACUCGCCAUAACACUUCAUAAGUUAGGGCAUGACGGAACCGGAAGCGGGGUAUCUACUACGGCAGCGUUGUUUGGAGUUGGUGGGGGUGGUACCAUAUUGAAAGUGGUCACUCGAGUUCUAAAGGCAAUUUUAGAAUUAGAAAAAGAUUGGAUAAGAUGGCCAGACGAAACCGAACGAUUGGAAAUUGCAAGGAAUAUGGUUGACCAACUUCCAAAUUGUAUUGGAUAUAUUUACGGAUCUCACAUCAACCUUGAAGAAGCACCACUGGAUGACCCCGAGUCAUAUUUUACGCGAAAGCAGCGUUACGCCAUCCAACUGCAAGCCGUUUGUGACAACAAUAAGAUGAUCAGGAGCAUUUUUUUCGGAUAUCCGGGCUCGGUUCAUGAUGCUGAGUUUUUGCUAACUCAGAAAUCGGGAAAAAUCCAGAAAAAUUUUUGGACAGAGGUCAGUGGAUUGCCGGGGAUUCAGCCUACAAAAAUACGGACUACAUGAUAACACCGUUCAAAAAUAAUGCGUCAACUGGAACCACUGCGGAGAGACGGCGAUUUAACAAGUAUUUUUCGGGAUUUCGUGUCAAGAUAGAAUGCUGCUUUGGAAUUAUUAAAGAAACUUUUGAGAGUUUAAAGGAAUUGCGAAUUCGUGUGGAUAGGUCAAAUGGACACACGCUGGCUUGUUCGUGGAUCAGGGGGUGUAUUAUUUUGUACAACAUUCUGAAGGACUCGUUUACUGAAUCGGAGGAAAUUAAUAUAGAAGUUGAUGAUGAUGCCCAAGAAGGAAAUCAUGACCAAGGGGAUGAUUACAAACGCAACGCUUUAUUUCAAUUUGUUAAUGGAAAACUCAACAUGAUGUGAUUACCUCAGCAUUUUAAUAAUUCAAAGCAUUUUAAUCAUUAAUAAACCUUAGAUUUGUUCUGCUUUAAUCUGUGCCAACUCCAAUUUCAAACUGCAUUCUUUAUCGAUUCGGUAUCGCGAUAUUUCCAUCUCAUUUUGUAAUUUCAAUUCUUCCAAAGCUAAUUUUCUCUCUUGCAAUUUUUGUUCAUCUUCAUACUGCCUCAAUUUCAGUUCAUAUUCCAAAUUUUUUAGUCUUUUUUCUUCUUCCCAUUUAUCCCUGGCUAAAAUUAUCUCUUGCUUUUGAAGUUCAGUUCGAAUUAUGGACGCUUCAGCUAAAGCAGAUAUUCCGGAAUCAGCGUGCUUUCGUUUUCCGAGGUCUUUUCUUGCUGAAGUAAGAUUAUUUGCGAUCAAUUUCCCUGGAGUUGAUGGCUUCUGGGGGACAGUUUCAACAUCCACAUUAAUUUCGGUUUCCGGUAUUUCUGCAUCUUCAGCAUUCAGUUCAUCAUCUCGUCCAAAAUCACUCCACCAUUGUGCUUGAAGAGUUCCCGAGGAGGAAUCGUGAAGAUGUGGUGGGUCGAAUGUAGCUUUUUCACCAUAAAUUUCAUCGAGUUCGUCGAAUAGUGGACACAUAUUGAGCAACGUCCCUGGGGAAAGCAAGAAUGUCAAAGUAUACAUACAUAUGUAUAGGAGCAAAAAAUAGUUUAGUACUUUUAACAGAUUGUUCCCCUUCUAA